AAACAAAUGACGGAUUGACAUGACAGUGAUAACUUAAAAAUAAUUUUGAAUACUUUAUAGUGAAAACUGCAAAGGAUUUUUGAUAAUAUAAAUCGAUAUGCUGUGCCCUGAAGCUUAUCUAGUUCCAAACGAGACAGUUCCUAAAGAAGACGAAGAAACGUGCCGAAAGAAAAGUAAAAAGAUACCUGCUGAAGGUACAGGAAGCUUAGAAUUAAACUCGUACAAAAACCCUAAAACUUGGAAGAAGUCCAUAUCUAAUUUCUUUCGCAAUCAGCUUCGUCCAACUAAGUCUAAUGAUGGUGACCGGCCAUCGGGAAGCAAAGAACAAUUUGAGGACAAAGAAAUGAGUCCAGAACAAAAGUGGCAAUCUUUAGGGAAAAUAUUUAGACGUCAAAGUUUUGAACACUGGAACAAGUCACCAAAUCAGCAAGGAGAAUGUUCCUCUCCAAAUAAACGUUUCGCUGUGAAAAAAGUGUUGUCAAGCUACUUUGGGAAAAUCCAGAAAACUGCAUCGGUUACAAACAAUAAAUAAAAAUUAUGGAGUAAUAAAUAGUUUUAUAGAUAAAUAUAAUUUUGUUCGUUUUAAUUUA